GCCUCUAGAGAGGCUGGCCGCGUGUAAAAUAAGUAAGUUGUGUUGUUUGAGCGUAGAGCCGAGAGGUUAAAGUAGUAAGCGGGAAUACUAGGCCGGCGAACGGCAUGCGAGUUGGUCCCCUCGUCGACCGUGUAAACGGAAACUAUUACGAAAAUCGCAAUGCGCGAAUUAACUUCGAGACGGUGAAUAAGUGAAAUAAACCACGACGUAUCAACGAACUAUACACGAUGGCUUACAAAAUUAAGUGUGAAAGUGUUGUAUUUUUGUGCAUUUUGUACAGUGUCUCCAGCUUUAAUCUGGAACCCAGGAUUCCUGUGAUAAAGUUUGGUGAAAAGGGGUCGUACUUUGGAUUUUCUGUCGCAGAACACCUGACUUUGGAUGAAGCCGGAGGAAGUACAAGCUGGUUACUGGUUGGUGCUCCAUUAGGACAGAAUCUUCAGCCGAAAACCAACCGAUCCGGAGCCCUGUGGAAAUGUCCACUCACAGCGGGGACGAGCGACUGCGAACAAGUCCCCACAGACGGAAAACGAACGGCUCACGCCAAAGUAAACAAGAACGUGGACUCUGCGCACUUGUUGCCGCCGCUGUCGGAGGAGAUCAAGAACGGGCAGUGGCUCGGCGUCUCCGUGGCGAGUCAGGGGCCCGGUAUGAAGGCGGUCGUCUGUGCGCAUCGGUAUAUUCGAAAGUCGGGGGAGUCACAGUUCGGACAGGGGCUGUGCUAUACGCUGACGAACAAUCUCGAGGUUGCUGAUAUGUGGGAGCCGUGCUUGGGGAAGCCAACCGCCAGGGAACACGAAGAAUACGGCCUCUGCCAAGUGGGAGUGAGCAGCUCCCUCCUGAAGGAUGACACGCUGCUGCUGGGCAGCCCGGGGCCCUACGCGUGGCGAGGAACCAUAUUCACUCUGGAUGUGAACGAUGAUCUGUUCAAAAGGGACAGCUUCUCGCAUAUGGCGCCGGUUGUUGACGGGAAGAGUCCGGUUGAGAAAUAUAGUUAUCUAGGCAUGUCAGUAGCUGGGGCGAGUUUCUUCGGGAACACGUCGUCGUACGCGGCAGGCGCGCCCCGGUCCCGCGGCACUGGCCAGGUCGUCAUCUUCAGCAAGCGUAUCAUCCAGGAUUGGGGCUCCUCGGAUAUUGAUAUCCUAGAAAGAAAUCUUAUACUUGAUGGAGAACAGUUCGGAUCCAACUUCGGCUAUGAGGUGUCGUCGGCCGAUGUCAACGGAGAUGGAUUACCAGAUCUCCUUAUCGGCGCUCCAUUCUACUUCUCAAGAGAUACCGGUGGCGCAGUUUAUUUAUACAUCAACGAUAAUUAUGUUUUUCCUCAAAAGUAUAACCUAAGACUUACGGGUAAACAAGAAUCUCAAUUUGGCAUAGCGAUAGCAAAUGCUGGAGAUUUGAAUAAGGACGGUUGCGAAGAUGUGGCUAUUGGAAGUCCAUACGAAGGCAACGGAGUGGUAUACAUACACCUUGGCGACAGAAAGAAAGGAUUGCAUACUAAGGCAGAUCAAAUGAUAACGGCUGAGUCGUUGCCUAGUGUUAUGAAGACAUUCGGUUACUCGCUGUCUGGUGGUGUGGAUUUAGAUGCGAAUGGGUAUCCAGACUUACUUGUAGGAGCUUAUGAAGAAAGUGGUGUAGCCCUUCUGCGAACGAGACCAAUCAUCGAUAUCAAAACCUCCAUAAAGCCAUCGAAAACUAUCAUCAACAUUGAUCCUACAAUACAGGCUUGCGAAAUGAAUGGAGUAAACUACACCUGUUUUAAAUUCCAAGCGUGCUGUAUUAUAAAGUCUCUAGUCAACACACUUCAAAAUUUACUGCAUAAUGUAAAUUAUGUCAUAGAGGCUGAAACUUUUCCUGGUGGAAAGAAAUUCUCUAGAGUGUUCUUCGAUUUAGAUAAAAGUAAUGUUAUCGAUAAGACAAUACAAUUGCAGAAGGAUACUGAGGUUUGCAGGGAACAUUGGGUGUAUCUGAAAAAUAAUACAAGGGACAUUCAAACACCUAUCAAAUUUCAAGUAACGUACAAAAUAGUUCACGAAGUGCCUAAAUACUCGACGACACGUGCAUUGCCCAACAUCGACGAUUAUCCUGUGCUCAAUGCGACAGCGACAUCUACAUUCACCGCGAACUUCUUGAACGACUGUGGACCGGAUGGUGUGUGCAUCAGCGACCUUGUUGUGGUCCCAGUGUUGCAACUUCCGAAGGCUGAUGAUGGAAAAUCAUACACUUUAACAUUGGGUCAGGAAGAUGAAAUUAAACUGUCUAUUACUGUCGAUAACUACGGAGAGUCCGCUUACGAGAGCCACUUGUUUGUGCAGCAUCACUCUAGUCUACAUUAUAUCGCUGCCAAUAUUAGCGAUAAACACAUUAUCUGCACCAGCGUCAACAAGACAGUAGUGUCCUGUAUGCUGGAGAACCCCUUCAAGAACCAGGGAAACGCCUCCACACCCAUCACCAUGCGGUUCGAUGCCAGGGCCCUGGAGGACAACGAACCGUCGGUGGUGUUCGCCGUGUGGACCAACUCUACGUCAAAGGAACUGUACCCUAAUAAGAAACCGGCAGUGGCUGAGGCGUUGGUUGUGAAGAAUGCUGAAUUGUUAAUAAAAGGUGCUGCAAGACCCGAACAAGUUUUCUACGGAGGAGAAGUGAAGGGUGAAUCUGCUAUGAAGCACUUCGAUGACAUUGGCACACGAGUGGUCCACACUUAUCAGGUUUACAACGAAGGCCCAUGGCGCGUAUCCUCGCUGCAAGUCGUGAUCUCCUGGCCGCACCAAGUGGCGUCUGAGAAUGCUCAGGGCAAAUGGCUCUUGUACCCGGAAGAUGUGCCCACUGUCGACGGAGAGGCCGAUCAGAGCAAUGGUGAAUGCUUCAUUGCGGAAACGGAAGUGAAUCCCCUAAAAUUAACUAAGAGACCUGGAACUCCAGAACCAAUUUUGGAGAAUCUGGAAGAAGACCCGUUUAGAACAAGCGGCAAGCUGAGCGUCAGUUCCAAUGAGAAGUACAAUGAAUCUAGUUACAAGAACGUCAUUCAAUACUCGAGCGCUUCAGAGAACAAAGUUAGAAGGAAGCGGGAGGAUAAUAUAAUCAAAGCUGAAGCAUAUACGGAUAAAGAUGGACAUCGAAAGAAUGUAGUAAAUAUGAACUGUCUGAAGAAGACUGCAAAGUGCAUCCAGUUCCAGUGCGUGAUAUACCGGCUCGGGCGCGCGCAGGCGACCACCAUCACCAUCAAAGCGCGCCUGUGGAACGCUACGCUAGUCGAGGACUACCCGCGCGUCAGCCACGUCAACAUCGCCUCAAAUGCCUACAUUCUCAUCCCGGCUCAUUACAACAUUCAUCAGAAUAAGGAAGAUGAUGAUAUGACGAUGGUGGAAACUGUGGCGUAUCCAGACUUAAAGAUCAGUGAACCGUCGGAAGUGCCAUUGUGGGUGAUAAUAGUGUCAGUAAUAGUAGGACUAAUAGUGUUAAUUCUGCUCAUACUCGCGUUGUGGAAGCUUGGCUUCUUCAAGAGGAGCAGACCCGACCCGACGUUGUCGGGCAACUUGGAGAAGAACAAUCACGAGUCCAGCCCGUUCAUUGGACGGGACAGGAAUAACAAACGAUAGCUGAAGUAUUACUCUUCCACGACCAAUAGAACAUUACAUUUCAAAAAUGGGACUUAAUAAAUUGUGUAGAGCACAAGGAUCAUGUUUGGUGCGCGUGUGGCGCCGUCUAGUGAUUUAUAAUAAUUUAUAUUUUGACUGUGAUGUCUUCAUAGAGGAAAAAUGCGUGAAUGUGAUGUUUUGAAGAGAAACAUGGUUUUUUAUUUUGUUGAUGUUUUUCACGAUCCUCGAUAUAAUAUUUUUUAUUGUUUCGUAAUGCUUAUUUUUUCUGUGUGGGAAUAAUGCAUUUUCCAAUGGGAGUGUUGAAAUAAUAAAUGAUUUUUGUUAGAUGCUUGUUUAUUCUAUGCAAAUAUAUACCUAUGUGGGUACUUUCUGUAAAUACAUACUUGCCUUACUUAGAUAAUAUUUAUAACAAGUUAUUAAGGUAUUUACUUAACUUCUAUGACUAGACUUUUGCUAGUCAUAAAACAAUUGAUAAGGUGAACAACUGUAUUAUAGUAGGAGUAUGGAAAUUGAAACUGGUCACUUAUUUAGUAACAAUCUACUUAAAUCAUAUUAAUGUCCAAGGGGCGUAUUCACUGAUGAUAUCAAAUUAUUUUUACACUUUACGUAUCUCGCGUUUGCUUUGGAACGCAUUUACUUUAAUAUAAGCGAGCGCGUUGCAGUGAUAUUGAUGUUAAAUUAGUAUCAUAGGCGCUUAGCACACUGGAUCCGAUUCGCACGUCUCUCCGAUGUUUGAGCGAGGCAACGAUAUGCGCAUAUUAUAGCGGCAUCCCUCUCGCACGUAUGCGAAUCGGAUCCAGUGUGCUAAGCACCGUAUAUAUUGUUUCCGAAUACAGGGGGCAGAUUUUUGAAAUUCGAUCGCUCGAUUUCGUCACUCGAAAGUCGGUGGAAAACGGGAAAAUGCUAAUUUCUGAAAUACGAGCGAUCAAAAUUUGGAAUCUAGUGCUAUUAACCACUCGAUUUCAAUUCUAUUAGUAGAAUUUAAGUCCCUAGCCUUGGAGAUAUUAUUUAACGAAAUACACGAAAUCGAGUGGUCGAAAUUCAAAAAUCGGCCCCCAGCCCCGAAAGUUUGGUUGCAUGUAAUAAUUGUACAUAGUUUGUUGUUUCAAUAAGUAUGUUGACAUUAUUGUACUUAAAGUAUUUGUAGAUUUGACUAGUGAAAGUACGUUUUUGUACUAAGAGUAUGAGUUUCCUAUAAUACAUACUGUAACUAAAAAUAUUUUAACAUUCUAUACUCGCACAAAUAAAUAGGUAAGGGAGUUAGUCAACUAUUACAUUUGCUUACUUAAACAAUAACAAUUAAACAAUUAAUGAGUGACCCCCUUAUUCAUACACAAGCUACAAACCUCAAUUUAGCUAAUAAUCGUUUAUCCUUAUCUGUCAUUUUGACUUAUGUAUUUGUAAGAAAGCGAUAAAACAUUUUUAACUAAAUCAGGCCCGUAAAGUUUUAUGAUUAAGGGGGUUAGUAUUUUGUUAAAAUCUGUUAUCACAAUCUUAAGGUGGGAUUCCACCAGUGUACGGCACAAGCAUUUUUGCACUGAAUAUACUGGAAUCCCGGCUUUAUACGUAUUGUUACGUAUGUAUGUCGGCGGCCGAUCGUAAGAUCAGGCAUAUCGUGAAACGUGAAAAUCUUUGACUCGUUCCCUGAGCCGACGGAGCUCCGCUACGCGGGGCUCCUAUUUCUGGGCAGUUUGCCCUUCGGGCAUCUGAAGCAACCUAACGAACCUAUCCUACCUAUAUCUUGGAUUAAUGUGACUAUCGUCAAAAUAUUACACAGGAACAUUUCGAUCUGCCUGAUCUUACGAUCGGCCGCCGACAUGUACAUAUAUAAAGGGAAAUUUAAAAUAAGUACAUUUAUUUUUUGAAACUUCUGUAGGUACUUAUUUUUAUUUGUGCGAAAUAUAGCGAGCACAUUCGUUGUUAAAUAUAGAUUUUUUUUAGCAAUUUAUCUCAGUGCACUGGUUAUAAGGAAUGGAGAGUUGGAGACUCGUACUUAACAUCUUAAUAUAUAAAUAAUUGGUACAUGUCGGCUCUUUUGUUGUACAUAGUUAGAUAUUUUUUUACAUAAAUUAAUUAAAACCAGUCAAUGUCAGUUUAAGGGAGAGACCGUCCUUUUUGUUAGAUUUUUUGUUGGGUUAUGUAAGGAAUUGACUACCUGAGAUUACGUCAACGGCAGUUUGGCUUAGGAAAAAAGUUGUGUUGAUUUAGAGUGACAUUCCAUUUCCAACUGCAGCUGCAAUACUGUUAAUUUUAAUAUGGAAAUUGACAAUGACAGCGACGCGUUUCCAUAGUAAAAUGAACAGUAUUGCAGCUGCAGUUGGAAAUGGAAUGUCACUCUUAGUGGCACUGCAAGAAGUAUUUGAAUGACACAAUGAAAAAAGGACUGAUAAAAAUUAACCUUAUUUUUAUAUAAAUCAUUUUUCAUAAUGUUCGUUAAAUAAGGCCCGGCCCCUUUCUAUUGCUUACAUACUUUCAAAAUUUAUAAGUGCUAUUACUUGCUUUGCUAUACUUUUAACUAUUGCUAUACCUACUUUUAUAAGUGUAAAUGGGUUCAAAGUUUGCGUCCGCUACUAAGUACCAUACACAAAACUUCAAGUUCAUAUUUAAAGAUAAGAAAAAUAAAAUAAAAAUUACGGUGGGCCUUCUUUGGCGCAGGUACCUUAAUUGGAUUUGCCAAAUUAUGUUGCUAUAUUUGUCAAAUAGAUGAAAAAAACUUCAACAAUAGUCGCAUAAGAAAUUACGCAGCAAAACAGACGGUCUCACCCAUAAAUGCGUAAGUAGUAGGUCAAUAUAAUAAGAUAGCUUUUUUAUUGUUAGUAAUAAACUCUAAAGUAAAAAUAUUAUAAUUGUGAUUAUUUUCAAAAACAUUUUGUAUUCAAAGUUCAAGUUGUACAACGAUUUUAACAUUUCUACCUAGGUCGAAUUUUAUAAAAGACUCGUUUGCCUGUCUUCUAGCAACCGCAUUUGAUAGAUAGGCGCUACAGGAUAUAUUUUUUUACAAAACUCGACCUUGGAAUAUCUAUUUACAUUGUAUGUUUUCUUAAUUUAUUUACAUUUUGGUUUCUACUGAGUCAAAAAUAAUCUUACCUACCUACUUAUUUGACCAUUGAUGCAAACUAAUAAAAAGUGCCAUCUCCUA